AUGUCCUGCAAUCAUAUUCCCUUCCACGCGUUUCUUAAAGCCUCGGGGUGUCCCUUUAAAUCCUCUCUGUACGGACCUCUAUCUCGGCGCCUUUUCGUCCCGCUCUGUCUCCCGCUCUUCCCGACCCAUCUGUGCGUGUACAUGAAAGCCAUCACACUCGUUGUGGGGAUCGGCAGGAUGGGUUGUUUCCACUCUGGGGGGGGUGGGGGGGGGAGAGAGUGGAUGUGGGUGGGGGGGGGGGGGGGGGGGGGGGUGGGGGGGGGGGUGGUGGGGGGGGGGGGGGGGGGGGGGGGGGGGGGGGGGGGGGGUGGGGGGGGGGGGGGUGGGGGGGGGGGGGGGGGGGGGGGGUGGGGGGGGGAUAAGGGGGGUGGGGGGGGAGGGGUGGGUGUAGGGGGUUGGGGGGUGGGGGGGGGGGCAGGGGCAGGGAUGGGGUUUGGGGGGGUGGGGGGGGGGGGGGGGAAUGGGAGGGGGAGGGGGGGGGGGGGAGGUGGUGGUGGGGGGGGGAGGGGGGGAGAGGGGGGGGGGGUGUGGGGGGGGGGGGGGGGAGGAGGUGGGGGAGGGGGUGGGGGAGAUUGGGGGCGGCAGCUGAGAGCGGAGAAACGUCUGAGGACCGCCGAGGGAAGAGCUGCCAGUCUACUGGAACAACAGGUGGUGGAUUUUCUUAACAAGCAUAUCAUAAACAUUCGCAAGAGCUGCAAUAGCUGCUUCGCCACAGAAGUUAGACAUGCCCAGCCGGUCCGAGAACUCGGGUGGGGGUGGGGGUGGGGCGGGCGGGGGGGGUGGGGGGGGGGGGGGGGGGGUGGGGAAGGGGGCUAUGGGGGGAUAGAAGAGGUCGGAAUAUGGGGGGGGGGGGGGGAGGUGGUCGGAGUGGUGUCUGGGUGUGGAUGGUUUGAGUGGGGGAGGGGGGGGAAAGGAGGGCGUGUGGAGGGGGGGUCGGGGGGGGGGGGGGAGGGGGGGAUUAAUGGUUGGGGGUGGUGGAGGGUGGGGUGGGUGGGGGCGGGGGGGGGGGGAAGGGGGGUGGGGGGGGGGGGGGGGGGGGGGGGGGGGGGGGGGGGGGGGGGGUGGGGGGGGGGUGGGGGGUUGGGGGGGGGGAGGUGGUGGGGGGGGGGUGGAGGUGGUAUGGGGGGGGGGGGGGGGGGGGUGGGGGGGGGGGGGGGGGGUGGGUGGGUGGGGUGGGGGGGUGGGGGUGGGGUGUGGUGGGGGUGGGGGGGAGGGGGGGUGUGGGGGGGAGGGGGGGGGGGUAAGUGGGGGGGGGGGGGGGGGGGGGGGGGGUGGGGGGGGGGGGGGGGGGGUGGGGGGGGGGGGGGGGUGGGAGGUGUGUGGGGGGGGGGGUGGGGGAGGGAGGGGGGGGGGGGGGGGGGGAGGGGGGGGGUGGGUGGGGUUCUUUGUGUGUGGGGGGGGGGGAAGGGGGGGGGGGGAGGGUGGGGGGGGGGUGGUGUGAUGGUGGGGGGUGGGGGGGUGAGGGUAUGGAUAUGGGGGGUUGUGGGGUGGGUGGAAAGGGAGGGUAGGGUAGGGGGUGGGGGGUGGGGGGGUUGGGUAUGGGAGGGGGGGUGGGGGGGUGUGGUGUUGGGGUGUAGGGUGGGAUGGGGGGGGGGGGGGGAGGGGGGGGGGGGGGGUGGGGUUGUUGGGGGGGGGGGGGUUGGGGGUUGGGGUGGGGUGGAGGGGACAGAAGAGAUUGAAAUGUCAAAGCUCGACUCAUGA